GUAAAUGACGUUGCAAUUUCCAGGUCACUGAGGCCGCGGCUGGCGGCGCAAACGUCGCCGUUUGCUUGUGUUCAGUCUAUGGAGUCAGUUGGUGCCGCCGGCGGCGCGGAGGCAGGUGGCGGUGUCCAAGUGGGGUUCUCUGCCCCGCCAGGAUGUUGCCGGGCUUGGCCGCCGCCAUUGCGGCCCACAGAUGCAGUUGCUCUUUUCUGUGCCGACUGCGUUUGAGCUGCAGGGCAGCGGUCCGCGUCUUCAGCGACCGCCAGGAAUGGCAGAAUUUAGUGACAUUUGGAAACUUUGCAUACACGCAUCAUUACCCACAUAUUUGUACACUGAGCCAAGUAAAGUUGUACUCUACGAAUAUCCAGAAAGAAGGACAGGGGUCACAAACUCUCAGAGUAGAAAAAGUACCAUCUUUUGGUGAAACAGCAGAAAAUAUAGGUGCAGAACUCAAAGCUCCACUAAAGCAGGAUCCUCUCCAAGUAAGGGUCAAAGCAGUUCUUAAGAAAAGGGAGUAUGGAUCAAAAUACACUCAGAAUAAUUUCAUCACUGGAGUCAGAGCAAUAAAUGAGUUCUGCCUCAAAUCCAGUGAUCUAGAACAGCUUCGGAAAAUCAGACGACGAAGUCCCCAUGAAGAUACUGAGUCCUUUACUGUAUAUUUGAGAUCAGAUGUGGAGGCAAAAUCUUUGGAAGUUUGGGGAAGCCCUGAAGCUCUUGCUAGAGAGAAAAAGCUACGUAAGGAGGCAGAAAUAGAAUACAGAGAACGGCUGUUUAGAAACCAAAAAAUAUUGAGAGAAUACAGAGAUUUCUUGGGAAACACCAAGCCACGCUCCAGAACAGCAUCAGUGUUCUUCAAGGGACCAGGAAAAGUGGUGAUGGUUGCCAUUUGCAUCAAUGGUUUAAACUGCUUCUUUAAAUUUCUUGCAUGGAUUUAUACGGGUUCAGCAAGUAUGUUCUCAGAAGCUAUACACUCAUUAUCUGAUACUUGCAAUCAGGGUCUACUAGCAUUGGGCAUCAGUAAAUCUGUUCAAACACCAGAUCCUACUCAUCCGUAUGGAUUUUCAAAUAUGCGGUAUAUUUCUUCACUAAUUAGCGGUGUUGGUAUUUUUAUGAUGGGUGCAGGACUCUCUUGGUACCAUGGAAUUAUGGGAUUGCUUCAUCCAGAGCCAAUGGAAUCCCUUCUAUGGGCAUAUUGUAUUUUAGCAGGAUCAUUGGUAUCUGAAGGAGCAACACUUCUUGUUGCUGUAAAUGAACUUCGUAGGAGUGCUCGGGCCAAAGGAAUAUCUUUUUAUAAGUAUGUAAUGGAAAGUCGUGAUCCUAGUACCAAUGUUAUAUUAUUGGAGGAUACUGCAGCAGUCUUGGGAGUGACGAUAGCGGCCACUUGCAUGGGCCUUACUUCUAUAACAGGCAAUCCAUUAUAUGACAGCCUUGGUUCUCUGGGUGUGGGCACCUUAUUAGGUGUGGUCUCAGCAUUCCUGAUCUACACUAACACAGAAGCACUCUUAGGACGAUCCAUCCAACCAGAGCAAGUACAACGGCUUACUGAACUCCUGGAGAGUGACCCAUCAGUAAGGGCAAUUCAUGAUGUUAAAGCCACAGAUCUGGGAUUAGGUAAAGUAAGAUUUAAAGCAGAAGUGGAUUUUGAUGGACGAGUUGUUACAAGAUCAUAUUUGGAGAAACAAGAUUUUGACCAAAUGCUACAGGAAAUUCAAGAAGUGAAAACUCCUGAAGAACUAGAGACGUUUAUGCUAAAACAUGGAGAAAAUAUUAUCGACACUUUAGGAGCUGAAGUAGAUAGGCUGGAGAAGGAAUUGAAAAAACGAAAUCCUGAAGUUCGGCAUGUAGAUUUGGAAAUACUCUAAACUUGGAGCGAAUCAUCCUGGUGGAGGCUUGGAAACAUGUUUGCUGUCUCUACAAAGCAUGCUUCCUCCUGUCCAACCCGAAGGAGCCAGCACCAUUCAGAAGCCAUUUUUCAAGAUGGAACAAAUAUUUUGUGUAAAGAGCAAUUGAAUAGGCCACAGAACUAAAGCUACUUUCUUCUAAUCAUGUUUUUUUGCUUUAAUAGGGAAUGUUUUGGUUACUUAAAUUGUUUAUAAUUUCUCAUUUUAGCCUGUUAAUGUGUAUUGUACAUUGCAAUCAUUUUUCUUUCUUCACAUUGGUAAGUGGCAUCCAUAGGAUUAUAACUUUCAGUUUUGUUUCUACUAAAUACUUCAUCAGUGUUUGUCAAUCUUGAAUAUUCUGGCUGAAUUUGGGAGUGUGAUUUUUAUUUAUUUUUAUUUUUUGUUAUUGUUUUGGUGCUGGGGAUCGAACUUGGGACCUUG